AAGAUUUACGGUCGAGAUCAUCCAAAAAGCUCCCCGUUCAUCACCUCUGUCUCCCUCUGCGGGGAUCCUUACAGUUUUUAUAGAUUUGCAAUGAAAACCCUCCCGCCCUCUUUUCUAUAUGUCGGUCGCUGCGGAAAUGGGUUUCCCUCCUACUCUUAACACAGACGCAGAGGAAAGAACGACGGAAGAAGAUGAGGGCGAAUCAAAAGCACACGCAGAGAAGGCCAGGUCAAUUGCAGAGCGCAAAUUUAACGGAUGUUCCCUCAAAUCGGCGCUGAGGCACGCCAGGAGGGCGGAGAAGCUCUGCCCCCAACUUCCCGGCAUCGCUCAACUCGUGACCUCCUUCAGGGUCCACCUUGCCGCCUCUGCCACCAUCGCCGGCGAUCCAGACUGGUACGCCAUACUCCAGGUGACCCCCUUCUCCCCCCUCGACGCCAUCAAGUCACAGUACCGAAAGCUCGCCUUCAUCCUCCAUCCGGAUAAGAACAAAUGCUUGGGCUCUGAGGAGGCCUUCAAAUUGGUGGGCCAGGCGUGGUCCGUCCUCUCCGAUCGUAACCGGAGGCGGAUUUACGACCUCAAACGUCGAAUCGAGCUCGAGUUCCAGACCACCCAUGAUCUCUCCCAGCCGGUGGACACCUUCUGGACGGCCUGCACCACCUGCAGGCUGCUCCACGAGUUCGAGCGGAAAUAUAUCGGCCGGAAACUAGUCUGCCCAAAUUGCAAGAAGGACUUCACGGCCGAAGAAUUCCAGUCUAGGGAAGAGAAUGCUGGGUCCCAAGGAAGGAAGAAGCCCAAGGAGGGAGAUGGGCUUGGAGGGAAAAACACGUCGUCUUCGAAUUUGGAUUCUUUGACGCACCGCCAAUCAGCGAAGAGUAGCUUAGGGAGUGAUAAACAUGAUUUGGGUGUCAAAUUUGAUUGGAGCAACAUUAGGCGUUCAGUUCGCGCAAAGCGUAAAAGAAAGAGGGGACUAGAUGAGGGUCAAUUUGCAGGAGGCAAUGGCACUAGGCCGAAGAUGGGCCGUCAUGGCUGUGAUGAUGGUGGCAAGCCUGAUUCGAAGUUGGUGGCAAUGCGAGUGGAGGAUUCAGAUUUCUAUGAUUUCGAUCAGGAUAGGACAGAACGGAGCUUUAAGAAGGGUCAGGUGUGGGCAGUAUAUGACGAUGACGAUGGAAUGCCCCGGCACUACGGACUGAUUGAUGAAGUUGUUUCACUGGAUCCAUUCAGGUUGCAGAUGAGUUGGUUGGACUUGCAGAACAAUGGGGACAAGACUCUCGUUUGUUGGGAAAGCUACGGGUUUCACGUCACCUGCGGGCACUUCAAGGUUGCAAAGAAGACGGAUGUCGAAUCUGUGAAUAUCUUCUCGCAUGUCGUGGAUUGUGAAAGGAUUGCAAAGGAGAUUUACCUCGUCUAUCCGGUUAAAGGCUCGGUGUGGGCACUUUACAGUGAUGCGACAUUGGAUAGAGAUGAGAAUUCCUCGCCGGAAGAUAGAAGGGGUUAUGACAUUGUUGUGUUCCUGACGAACUUUACGGAGGUUCACGGAUUAAGCAUGGCGUACUUGGAGAGAGCUGAAGGGUUCAAAACUGUGUUCAAGAGAAGAGAAAUUGGUCCUCAUGCAAUUCAGUUUCUUGGUAAAGAUGAAAUUCAGAGAAUAUCUCAUCAAAUUCCUGCUAGGAAGCUUUCAGGCACCGAGCACUCAGCUUUGCCAAAGGAAAGCUGUUGGGAGCUUGAUCCAGCUUCAGUUUCAGUUGUUUAGCUUUCUUUGCUUGAAUUUCUGUUGAAGAUGGCAAGUUGCUAAGACACAGGAUUUUGCGUUUGCUGAUUGUGAACCUCAAAGGCGAACUUAGUGGACUGACUUAAAUGCUGGGAUUUUUAGUUAACAGUGGAUCCCGUUGUACAAUGUUUAGGGCUACUUAGACCUGGUCCGCAGAAAUCCUGAUUAUAAUCUUUUGGAAUGCUCAAGUAUAGGAACAGAGUACAUUAUCUCAUCUUUUGGAGGCCUAAUCAUGUCAAGAGGUGCAUUUCGACGAACCUUGGCUUUUGGGUUCAGUGGUGACAGCUUAUACAGGAUAUGAGAUAGCUGGUACCUUGGUGCUUUUUAAAGUAAUCACUUGAUAACUCUGUAUCAUCUCGGUCUCCGCUGCUAAGCAGGCAUCAGGGUAUAGUAAUGGAUGUUAGUUCACUUUUGUCUCCUGAGAGAAUCUAUCUGUUCCAACCAAUUAAUGAUCCAUCAAUCUAAAUUUUGACGCAUCAUGUGCACGUUCCUUAUAAAUGCAUGUAGUUUAUUAUCAUAUAAUUAUUGAAUGGCGUUUACUCACGUUUUGCUAUAGGUUCUUGUUUUAUGUUAAUUAUCGACCUUUAUUUACUAGUUGUACCAUAUUGAUGAAUUUGUGCAUCAUUUUGUAGCCUUUCCAGAGGUGUUAACGUAGUUCAAAUUUAUGCUAUUAUAAGCACUAAAGAUUCUUUCUCUGUUCUGAAAGGGUUUCCACUGGUUCUUGAUAUUCUGGAAGCAAAAAGGUUUUCUAUUCUCUAUUUAUCUGCUCAGGAGUUACCUGUGAUUCUUGAUGAUCUCCCACCUCAUCUGCGUUUGUAACUCUUUUGAUUAAUGUGGCCGCUAAGAUUUUCUCAUGAAUCGUGAGGCCCAUGGGUAGGGACACUUUCUUGUUUGUGGUUUCUUUUCUAAUCAGAAAAAUCCUUCAAUCAGAUUGGGGUGUUUCGUCAAGGAACUUCCUUUUUAAAUUAAAUAGUUACCUGAAGCAAUGUGUGAAGUACAAGCAUUGAAAUUUUCUGGAAGCUGACAUGGACAUGCAGAGGGAGCUGCGUGAAAAUAAUCAUAUUCUCGUAUGGUCAGAGAAUGGUGAAUGAUCAACAGCAUGGGAAGGGAUAUUGCACUGGCUAGGAACUGUAAAAUGAUUGGAAGAGAUUGGGGAGUGGACGCUAAUACCAAUAUGAGUGGAUUCAGAGUACUGAAAAAUGAUAAUUUCCCCAGAUUUUGUUUAAGCUACCUCCUUUGAUUUGCAGAUUGAGGCUCCUCAAACACUUUUUGAUCAUGAACUUCUGAUGUGGCCCAUUGCAUUGAGCCACUUAGGGAAAAGUGAGUUGGUGGACAUGACUCCUCGAUGUUAGAAAAAUGAAGAUGACAAGAAGUGCUAUUGUUGGUUCCAGAAGUGGGAGACGCUGAGGCCUUGGGCCCCUGGAAGUGUCAAACUGACAUUUCCUUGUAAUGUGUAUUUGUUCUUCUUGUGCGUCCAAUAUUGAGAUCAUGGUUGAACACCAAUACUUGAUAGACAAUUGAACCGGUCUGGUAUGCCAGGCAUAUUAUUUUGCUAGCUUUA